AUGUUGAUGAUGUUCUCUCCAGCAUAUGUUAUGGUAAUGAACCUAAUGGUGAUGGAUAUGAUGAUGGUAUCAUUACUGGAUGCUCAUGGGCAUAGAAGUUGCAUCGAAAGCGAAAGGAAAGGAUUGCUAGAGCUCAAGGCCUAUCUCAACAUAUCCGAGUAUCCGUAUGAUUGGCCUAAUGACACGAACAGCGACUGUUGCAAAUGGGAAAGAGUCAAGUGUGAUCUUACCAGCGGGCGUGUGAUUGGCCUCUUCUUGAUUGAUACAUAUUAUCCUCCUCCCCUACUAAAUCUUUCCUUCUUCUAUCCAUUUGGAGAAUUACAAACUCUAAAUUUAAGUAAUUUCUGGUGUCAAGGCUGGUUCGAUCAUAUCCAUGGUUAUAAAAGCUUUGAGAGAUUAAAAAAUCUUAAGAUCCUUGAUCUUAGUGAAAACGGCAUAAAAAUUCUCAGUAAUACUGUCUUACGAUUUUUAAAUUCGGCUUCUUCGCUUAAAACGUUAAUUCUUCAUGGAAACAAUAUGGAAGGUACUUUUCCAAUGAAAGAACUUAAAAACUUGAGAAAUCUAGAACUACUAGAUCUAAGUAAAAACGAAUUUGUUGGACCAGUUCCAGAUUUGGUAAAUUUUCAUAACCUUCAAGGUUUGGACUUGAGUGAUAACAAAUUUUCUGGCUCACUGGAUAACAAAGGGCUUUGUCUACUGAAAAAUUUACGCGAGCUUGAUCUAAGUCAAAACAAAUUUACAGGUCAAUUUCCUCAGUGUUUUGAUAGCUUGACUCAACUCCAAGUUCUUGAUAUCUCUUCAAACAAUUUCAAUGGGACAGUUCCAUCUCUUAUCAGAAAUCUUGAUUCUAUUGAGUAUUUAGCUCUCUCAGAUAAUGAGUUUGAGGGUUUCUUUUCUUUCGAGUUAAUCGCCAACCUCUUGAAGCUCAAGGUAUUCAAACUUUCAUCAAGAUCUAAUUUGCUGCAUCUAAAAAAGUUGACCUCCUUACAGCCAAAGUUUCAGCUAAGUGUCAUCGAGCUACAGAAUUGCAACUUGGAAAAUGUUCCAAGCUUUAUUCAACACCAGAAGGAUUUGCGUGCGAUUAACCUCUCCAACAACAAGUUGACUGUAGCAUUUCCCUUUUGGCUUUUGGAGAAAUAUCCAAAUCUUCGGGUUUUGCUUUUGCAGAACAACUCUUUAACCAUUCUUGAGUUGCCAAGAUUACUUAAUCAUAGUUUGCAGAUUUUGGAUUUAUCAGCUAAUAGUUUUGAUCAACGUCUUCCAGAGAAUAUUGGAAAGGUUCUUCCAUAUCUAAAGCACUUGAAUCUUUCGAAUAACGGGUUUCAAUGGAUAUUGCCAUCGUCAUUUGGUGAGAUGAAAGAUAUUAAGUUCUUGGACUUAUCUCAUAAUAAUUUCUCUGGCAGUCUACCAAUGGAAUUUCUUAUUGGUUGUUGUUAUUCAUUGCAUACUUUGAAGCUUUCAUACAACAAAUUCUUUGGCCAAAUUUUCCCAAAACCAACAAACUUUGGGAGUUUGGUCGUGUUGAUUGCGAAUAACAAUCUAUUUACUGGGAUCGCAGAUGGAUUGCUUAACUCGAAAUCUCUAGGAGUGCUCGACUUGUCGAAUAACUAUCUACAAGGUGUCAUUCCAAGUUGGUUCGGGGGCUUUUUUUUCGCCUAUCUUUUCCUCUCCAAUAAUCUUUUGGAAGGUACCUUGCCAAGUACGCUUUUCAACAUACCUACAUUUAAAAUUUUGGACCUUUCUGGAAAUAAGUUUUCGGGGAACUUACCUUCGCAAUUCAAUGGUAUGAAUAUGAGUCUAUUAUAUCUCAACGACAAUGAGUUCAGUGGGACGAUUCCAAGUACAUUGAUAAAAGAUGUUUUGGUACUCGAUCUGCGAAAUAACAAAUUGUCCGGGACUAUCCCGCACUUUGUCAAGAACGAGUUUAUCCUCUCUCUUUUGUUGAGGGGUAACACAUUAACGGGUUAUAUACCUACUGAUCUUUGCGGUCUAAGAAGCAUUAGGAUCUUGGAUCUUGCCAACAACAAAUUGAAGGGAACUAUACCAUCAUGUCUCGACAAUGUAUCAUUUGGAAGGAGGUUAGACUAUGAGGUUAAUGGCGACAAAUUACCAUUUGAAAUCAAUGACGAUGAAGAAUUGGCGGUGUAUUCUAGGUUAUUGGUUUUACCACGUGAGUAUCAUUCUUCAGACUACACGGGCAUUUUGAUGUUCAAUGUUGAAUUUGCAUCAAAGAGUAGGUAUGAUUCUUACACUCAAGAAAGUUUCACCUUUAUGUUUGGACUUGAUCUGUCAAGUAAUGAACUCGGUGGUGACAUACCAAAGGAGCUCGGAGAUCUUCAGAAAAUACGUGCUUUGAAUCUGUCUCAUAAUUCCUUAUCAGGAUUAAUACCUGGAAGCUUCUCCAAUCUAACGGAUAUUGAGAGCAUUGAUCUUUCGAUUAACGCCUUGCGCGGACCGAUACCUCAAGAUCUAUCCAAGUUAGACUAUAUGGUUGUAUUCAAUGUGUCGUACAACAACCUAUCAGGCUCCAUUCCAUCACAAGGCAAAUUCUCUACUUUGGAUGAAACCAACUACAUUGGUAAUACUCUUCUCUGUGGAUCAGAUAUAAAUAGAAGUUGUGAUGAUAACAGCACUACUGGGUUCUUUGGAUCUGAUGCUCAAAGCGAGGAUGAGGAAACAACGAUCGAUAUGGACAUUUUCUACUGGAGUCUAGCCGCCACCUACGGUGUAAAAUGGAUCACAUUUAUUGUGUUUCUUUGCUUUGAUUCACCUUGGCGCCAAGAAUGGCUUCGUCUUGUUGAAGCUUUUAUCAAUUUUUUUUUUUUUUGA